AUGAUGAAUUUCAUAAUCGACAACAGCCCAGCGGACCUGCGCCUGCUCAUGGUUAACGAGCGGCCUUGCUCUAUCCCCGCCCUAAAAAUGCCCAAACGCGUUUUAGUCCUGCCGACUGCUCAACACAGCCCUUCCGCACCGUGCUCGACUGUGGACAACGCAUACGACGCCCCAUUUGACGGCCGCGUUGCUCAAGUCAGGCCUGCUGACGGAUGA